ACACCAAGCCUGAUUGGGAGCUCAAUCGCUAGAACAACGCCCUCCCAUACAUUUGGCAACACCCUGCGGCAGCCCCACCUUCAACUUCAUCCCACUUUACGCGACUUGACGCGUCUUCAUUGAGCCUAUCGAGAACAAAUUCGACGACAAGCCGGACAGGCCAGGCCAACAGUACGACAGCAAUUCUUGUGACACGCAUCAACCUCGCACUUUGCACCACAGCAUUGCAGAGCACACCAUGGCGGACCCUGAGAUUGAGGAACUGAACGACAAGUUCGGCACCGGCCAUGCGGAGCUGGAGCCAGACGUUGUCGCCGAGCUCAAGUCGAUCAUGAACAUGCACUCGCUCUCGGUACAGGACCUCUUUUUCAAGUGGGAGUCGUACUGUCUCAAGAUGGAGACGGCCGACAUGAAACCGUCCUUGACGACCAUUAGAGCACUGAAGCAGGAUAUCCAAGAUGCUCUAGAACGGAGCAACCGGGCUCACGGCUCGCACAUCAAGCAAGAGAAGCGCCCCGGUGCCACGCCGCGGACAGCUGUAAAGAGUACUGGCGACGUCUUUGGCAUGCUGGACGGACUCGUCCCAAACACACCCGGCGCGGCGAAGCUGAACAGGAGUGCGGGCCCGAAGCGAGAAAAGUUCGAGUCGCCUUCGGUGUCUAGGUUAAAGGGAAAUGCACCGGCCAGUUCGCCGGACGCCAGGACGCCGGUCAAGACGGAGGAUUUGGAUUCCAUGAAUGCUGCGCAUGCUCCUGCGUUCAACGAGAGGCCAAAUGCAGGCGAAUUGGUUGAAGUACUGAAUAGCCAACUGGAUGCCCCCGAACCUCCCAUUGCUCCCUACGGAGAAAGCCGAGUCAAGCUCACCGCGGCAUCUGAUCAGAAGAAGCUCGCCUACAAAACGAUGGCUAUGAAGCUCUCAGAGUCCUCGGAAAUCCUGGACGAGAGGAUAGAGCAGUUUAUGGGUGUCGUCAAGGAGCACCACAGGCUAGACGAGGAUGCGUUUGGGAGUGCUGCGGCGCAAGGGACCACAGAGAUUGUUGCUGUCGGCCGAAUCGCCUCAGACUCUCCCGAGGGCAAGCUCAAUAUUGCUUCACUAGUCCUGGAGACAUCAAGACGAACUGGUAGUGGUCGACGAGUACCACUAGAUCUGAAAAAGCUCAAUGGUCGCUUCCAGUUCUUCCCUGGGCAGAUCGUUGCUUUCAAAGGCACCAACACCAAAGGUGACGAGUUUACCGUCAACCAGGUCCUCGAGAUCCCGCCUCUGCCAAGUGCAGGUUCAACGCCAGCGGCUCUUGAUGCUCACAAGCAGAGACUUCGGGGCGGUCCGGACGCCAUGGAUGCAGACGACGAGCCGGCUCCGCUGAACGUGAUUUUCGCCUCUGGACCAUAUUCUGCCGACGACAAUCUCGACUUCGAACCACUGCACGCCAUCUGCGAACAAGCAGCGGAUUCAUAUGCAGACGCCCUGGUCUUGAAUGGGCCCUUCAUCGACGUCGACCACCCACUGAUUGCCACUGGCGACUUUGACCUCCCAGAGGAAGCAAACGUCGACCCAGACACGGCAACCAUGACUACUGUUUUCAAGUACAUGAUCUCUCCAGCACUGAAUCGCCUAGUGGCUGCAAAUCCAAACAUCACAAUUCUGCUAGUGCCUUCGGUCCGAGAUGUGAUCGAACGACACGUCUCGUGGCCACAAGAGCCCUUUCCCAAGAAAGAACUCGGCUUGCCAAAGUCUGCCAAGAUUAUUGGCAAUCCAAUGACUCUGUCCAUAAAUGAGAUGGUCCUUGGUAUCUCAUCUCAAGAUGCUUUAUGGGAUUUGCGGCACGAAGAAGUCGUUGGCCCACGAGCAACUGAGCCGAACCUGCUCGCGCGAGUGGCCAAGUACCUGAUCGAGCAACGUCAUUUCUUCCCCGUUUUCCCACCUGCGGACAGGUCUAAGCUGCCAAAAACCGGCACGGCUGAAGGUAUCGCCACUGGUGCUAUGCUGGACUUAAGCUACCUCAAGCUCGGUGAGAUGGUCAGCGUCCGGCCGGAUGUUGUAGUUGUGCCCAGUGCUCUACCGCCGUUUGUGAAGGUCAUUGAGAGUGUUGUGUUCAUCAACCCGGGUUAUCUUUCAAAACGACGAGGAGCCGGCACCUAUGCGAGGUUGACGCUCUAUCCGCCCAAGCUCUCGGACGAAGAAGUCACCGAAGGUGCCGUGGUUAGUCACAAGGUCUUCGAACGUGCGAGGGUGGAAAUUACAAGGAUAUAGGCUUCAAGCAUAGCUUUAGACAAUGACGAAUGCGUCAAACGGAGCACUUUCCAGUGCGCGAUACAAGAGUUGGGCAAGGAGAG